UGUAUUUUGAAUAAGUGCAUUAUGCAUAUUAGUUUCUAUUUUCUUAAUUCUUCUAAGUUUCAGUACCUACAUUAGUUAAGUUUUUGCACAUUGGAUUAGGUAUUUUUAAAACAUGUUACGUAGACACUACAAUAAUUUCGUGCGGUCAACUUCACCUACAAAAACUAUAGCCUCUAAUAGAAUAAGUGGUGAAGAGGCCAGAAAACUGUAUCUGGAAGAAGUGGGUCAGGUGCAAGAAAAUCAAGUGCGCCCCUCCGGGAAUGCUAACGUUAACGCCCAAAAUGUGUCUCAAAUUAAACAUACGAGAAAACCUGACAGUUUGGACGUAUCUAAUCUAAAACUGUUUACAAGUGUGCAAGACAAUGAUAUUGAUAGUUUAAAACAUAUCUUAGAUGCUUGCCCUGAUAAGAUAAAUACAGUUGAUGAGUAUGGUUGGAACUUGCUUAUGAUAGCUUGCCAAGCUAAAUCUUAUGAAGCUGUCAAAGAACUUUUGAAGCGUGGUAUUGAUAUUACAGUUCAGGACAAAGCAGGAAACUCUGCUCAGAGUUUAAUUAUUAAGAACAAAAGUAGUUAUCUAGCCGAUAUCCUUCUAAGUCAUGUGUCAAGUUGUGGCCAACCUAAGAAAACAAAUGUAUAUGAUGUAAAAGAAAUAAAGCAUAAAAAGAGACACAAAGAACUGUUUAUAUGUGAAAUAUGUGAUGGGAAAACAUUUGACAGUAAAGAUGAACACUUAUCUUCAACUAUACACAAUAUUAAAGCUAGCAAAGGUAGAAAAAUACCAACAAACUAUGUCAUACCACAAUCCAAUAAAGGUUAUCAGAUCAUGCUAAAAACUGGAUGGAAUAAGGAAAUAGGACUAGGUCCAGAUGGGUCCGGAAAAAAGUACCCAAUUAAGGCAGUUCAGAAGAAUGAUAAAAAGGGGCUCGGCCAUGAGCAAAAGAGGUUAAAAAGUUCAAAUGGUGAAUCAACAAAGCAACAAAUUAAGAAACAUGAGAAAAAUGUUAAUGAAAAGAAUCGAAGAUUUGAAAUUAAUUUUAGAAGAGAGUUUUAUUGAUAUGAAGCUAUUUUGAAUUAAACAUUGUGUAAAUAAUCAAAUAUUACACCAUUAUGUGAAGGAAAAUCUCAUGAAGAAACCUCAGAGGAGAUCUCAGAAUAAGAAAGGCUGGCACAAUAGAUAGAACAUCAUGAUGAUGAUGAUGAUGAUGUUUGUUUAACAAUUUAUUUUAAAAAAGACACUGCACUGGCAGUGUAUCAAAGAAGUAAUUAGUCAUAUGAAUAAAUUUAUUGAAAUCAUAAAAUAUAUUAGUUUUCUUUAUUGAAAAUUUUACAAUAAAACUUAAUGCUAGCCUUAAUUAAUUACUGUACAAAUCAAGCUUGUGCAGAAUGGUGCCAAGAGUGCUGAUUGCAUCUCCCUGCUGAACAGCCAGGCUGAUCCUCUGAGGCGGCUCUAGCCUAUGUAGGGCCAAAAUAAAUCAGAAGAAAUUACAUUAUCUGUCUUUGUACUGAAUUCCCAGAUUUUUAGGCAUAAUUUUAAGACAGACUUAUUUUGUUUUCAUUAAAAAUAAAAUCAGACAUACCUAUUUGUGGUGUUUGUUACUAAUGGUGAGUUUAAGGGAAAAUGGAAUUAUUAAUGUGAGGUACAGAUUGAUUGCAUUUAGUUUUAGACAUUAAUAAUUCCCAUCUUUAAAACUGAAAUGAUUAAUUGUGAGCAGUGAAUUGUGAUUGACAUUAUGAGGAAGUUCACUUAUAUUCUUCAUUACUUGAGUGGAUAUCACAACAGGAAAAUAAACAUGAUUUUAAAGGCACAGUAUAUUUCAAUAUUGACUUAAAAGUUAUAGUAAAAAAUAUACAAUUUA